AUGGCGGCGCGCACCAAAAAAAACGGCUGCGUAAAGGUUAAAGUGCCGGAGGACACCGAAGUCAAAUUUACUGGCCUCUCCAAAGAGGAGUUAAUGAAAGUCGCCGGUACAGCUGGGUACGAUGUCUGUCUGUCUGAUCUGUUUAUCCGUCUGUCUGUCUGUCUGUCUCUCUGUCCGUCUGUCUAUCUGUUUAUCCGUCUGUCUGUCUGUCCGUCCGUCUGUCUGUCUGUCCGUCCGUCUGUCUGUCUACGCUGUAAACCCAUUCCUGAGAUGAACUGGUGGAACGAAGGUCCUCUGUACCAGAUAUCUGACGUGAAUGAAUUCUCUGAAAAUGGACUAAAAGGAGUGGAGGAGAAGCUAGAUUAUAUCAACCAGAUGAAGGUGAAGGGGCUUGUUUUGGGUCCGAUACACACUGUGCAAGCAGACCAGUCAAGCACACUGGAACUAACUUCCAUUAACCCCGAAUUUGGCUCUGAGAGCCAGCUGAUUUCUCUGUUGGACCGAGCACAUAGAAAAGGAAUCUCCAUAGUGCUGGAUGUAACACCCAAUUAUGAGGGAGUUUCAGCCUGGUUCAACAAUGCUGCUUCUGUUGCUGAGCGACUCAAAGAAGCUUGUGUAUACUGGCUCAAUAAGGGGGUGGACGGCAUCUUCCUAUCUCAUCUGAACGACAUUGCAAACACAGAAGCCUGGCCGUCUGUUCAAGGCAUAUUCAACAAAACUGAUGGGACCAAAAAAAGAGCUCUGAUGGGAUCAGUCACGGGUCUCUCUGCGGAUGAUGCCUCUCAUCUGCUGAACCAGUCCAGUGUUGACCUGCUCCUGACUGAACUGCCUGAUCCGGCUGAGCCCGGCAUAAGACAGGCCCAGGUGGUACAGAUACUCUACGUUGAUCACCUGCAGACGAGUCUGGGCUGGAGUCUGAGUGGACGGACUCUGGGUUCUCUGGCUUCCAGAACUCCAGCAGCGCCCAUAAGACUCUAUCAAAUGCUGCUGUUCACCCUCCCGGGCACACCUGUGUUCAACGCUGGAGAUGAGGUCGGACUGAAGGCUGGGGAGAAAGUUGAAGCAAUGUGGGACUUGGAAAGUCAAGCAGAUGAUGACAAUGCAACAGCAAAGACUGUACAGGAGGAACGUACCGCAGUGCGUGACUUCUUUAAAGCACUCAGUGAUCUGAAAGGAAAAGAGCGAUCUCUUCUGCAUGGAGAAUAUAUCAGCCUUCACAGUUCACCCACUUCAUUAGCAUUUCUCCGCCUCUGGGACCAGAGCGAACGUUUCCUGGUGGCCUUAAACUGGGGAAAUGAUUCUGUUACCAUGACACUGACCUAUAGCGACCUGCCGGCUGAGGCUCGGGUCCGUGCUUCCACAGACACAGAGAAUCUAGCUGUGGAUAGUAAGGUGUCAGUAGAGAAGUUAGAGCUUGGGCCCAAACAAGCUGUUCUGUUGUCUUAUGCUUUUCCUGGCUAGACACAUGGACACAGACAGUCCUUAGUGUCUCUGAUGAGUUUCAAUACUGUGCACAGGCUUGGAAAUACUUUGUCUUUUGAGUUGAAUAGUUUAUCGUUUUAAUUGUAUUCUCUAAUAGGGAUACUUUUAGGAGCACUAACUUUAAAGCUAUAUGAAAGAGUUGUCAGGACAGGAGUUGAUUUCCAUAUAGAGACAUGUAGAUCUAAAGCCCCUGAUAUAAUAAUAAAUAAAAUUGCUACUG